AUGAACCAAAUCUCUUCACAGCAAACCGUCAUGUUCGGGUCCGACAAAUCAUGGUCUCUUUGGGACAGCACUUCUAUCACUGAUGCAUUUGUUGUUGAUGCACCGGGCGACAAAGCCGUAGUGACAAAGGUCCACAGCCCUUACCUGUUGGGCUAUCGUCCAACAAACCCCAAUGGACGCGGCAUUCUUGUCAUUGGAGGCGGAGGUUAUAUCGAGCUCAUGCUCGGUCGUGAAGGUGUCGCUAUCGCCAAAUGGUUGAAUAGCCAUGGGUUCUACGCCUUUGUUCUCGUGCAUCGGUUUCCCAACAGCGAGACAGGUCCCCAAGCACCUCUGGAUGAUGGGAGACGAGCUUUGAAGAUCAUAGCAGAGAGCGGCCUUGCACCAAAAGGUGUCAGUAUCUGUGGUCUUUCGUCAGGUGGUCAUCUUGGUGCUGCAAUUCUGGCAGAAUACCCUCAAGCAUGGGCAUCGCCUGAUCCCAAAAUCCCUCAAGUCGAGUUCGCCAUCCUUGGUUAUGGACCGAUUUCAACGAAUGCAGUCGGACGCCAAAUUAUCGAGAAUAAGCCGCCUCUAUUACCCAAGGAGAAACAAGAGUUUUACAAUAUUGUGCAGCCUGAUGUUCAACUAAGCUCUCCGGCUCCACCUGCAUUUAUUGUGUACUCCAACAAUGAUCCUGUUGUGCCAGUAGUCAACGCGUACCGUUUGGCCGAAGGUUUCACGAAGAACGGCGCCCCAGUCGAGUUGCAUAUCUUUGCUGAUGCACCCCAUGGGUUUGCGUUGGAUAGUGAUGAGGAAUUGCCAGUUUCGAAAUGGCCGUUGUUGUGCGAAGCAUGGCUAAGGCAAAACAAAUGGAUAGAAUAG